CAAAGCUUAAAUCCGAAUUGAAGCGGCAUCGCUCGAAUUUGAAUCUAUCACAGCCUUUUCUGCGUCUGCGCAACUCAACGCUGGCACGCGGUCACUGUACAGAUUGCAUGCAUGGCAGCACUCCAGCAGCACUCGAAAGGCAAAGUAGCAAUCACGGGUAGCAGCGGAAUCCUCGGCCAGCGCUUGUACACAGCGCUGCAAGCGGACGGCUGGGAAGUCGUCGGUCUCGGGCUCGCCGAGGGCGUGUCGCAGGGCGGCCCGGGCCGCGACGGCGCAUCAGAGACAAGGAACGAAUUCGUUGACGUCGCCUGCAACCUGUCGAUGGCCUGCCCGGACCUCUCCGGCUUCACGCACGUCGUGCAUUUGGCCGGGGUAGGCUCACCAGACGCGUCGUUCGAGCAGGUGCUCCGCGGCAACGUCGUAGCUACGCAGCAUGUGCUUGAGGCCGCCAAGCGGGCGGGAACCGUCCGACGCGUCGUGCUAGCCUCUACGAACCACGUCCAGCACGGCACGUCAAUGGGUCGCCAUGGACCGGGGUCUCUCGACCCUCAACGGCUCUUCGGCCGUCGGCUCUCCCCCGAGGAAGAGUUUGAACCGGACUCGUUCUAUGCAGCGUCAAAAGUACACGUCGAGGCGCUCGGGAAGCUCUAUGGAAAGACGUGGCGAUGCUUCGACGUCGUGGCGUUGAGGAUUGGCUGGUGUUUGUACGACGACCCCACAGAGCUCUCGGGCACCGAGUUCGAAAGCUACCUGCGCGCGAUGUGGUUGAGCCGGCGCGAUUGGGUAGGAUUUGCGACGGCCGCGAUGACGGCGCCUAUCGACGCCACCUAUCACGGAUACAUCGUGGCUCACGCCGUUUCCAACAAUCCGACAGGAAUAUUCGAUAUCGAGGAGUCGACCAGAUUACUCGGCUACACACCACAGGACUCAUCCGGCAGUUUCGCCUGGCCUAGAGCCCCUGUUCGCCUACCGUAGUACUGUAAGAAUGUUUGUGCGC